UCUCCAGCGUCCGCUGCGUGCCAACGUGUUGACUCGGCAAGUGUGCAGCGACCAUUAAUCGAUUGAAGCCGUCAGCCGACCAGCUGAGCAUUUCCGUCGCAAAAAACCGUCGGAUAAAUGGCUGGUCAUAAUUAUUUGAGCGAUCCGAAGAAUCCAUUCUUUUCAUUAGAGGACGACGUGGAUGAUGAGACAUUUCUGAGGAACGCGCCAGUCAGAACUGCACCUCCGGGGCGUUAUCAGAAUUUCGAUAAUGACGUUACACAAAAAUGCCAACAAUUAUUACAACGUAGGAAGGAAAUCGAGGAACGCACAAUACAGUCCUCGGAAAGAUCCGUCUCGCUUUUGAGAGAUUCUGAACAAAUUGGUGUUGCUACAGCCGAGGAAUUAAUUAGACAGAGGGAACAGUUGCAAAGGACAGAAAAAAGAUUAGAUGAUAUUAACAGCACAUUAAGAUUUAGUCAGAAACAUAUACAAGGUAUAAAAAGUGUAUUUGGUAGUUUGAAGAAUUAUCUCAGUGGAAAAUCUUUGGAUGCUCCGAUACCAUCAACGAAACUAUCAGAAUCUUCUAGUUCUGGAUCAAUGACAUCUCCUGCAUUGUCCAAUACGUUAGAACAAGUACAAAAUGAUAUGAGCAGUUCGUAUUUGUCUACAAAGAUGAGAGGAAAUUACGACAAUGGUUUAGAGGAUGUUAGACCUACUAACGACAGAGUAACCAAAGUUCUCGAGCAGAAUCUGAAUGAAAUGAGUGGAUCAUUGGCAAAAUUAAAACAUCUAGCGAUUGGUUUAUCUGAAGAAAUAGAUUCACAGAAUGAUCUGAUCGAUAACAUUACUGAUAAAACUGAGAAAGCAGAUAUAAUGUUACAGCAGCAAAAUAAAGAUAUGUUGCAUUUAUUGAAGAAAUAAGUUCGAUGAUUGUUAUAUCAGAAACUUGUAACAUUACAAUGAAUUGUGAAUUGUACUUCUAUGAAGUACAAAUGUAUGCGAACAAAUCUUUAGCUUUAAUUUAUAUCAUUCUGGCGUGUCGUCGGCCGUACUAUUACAUUGUGCAAUGUGUUUUAUAGAGUUUUUCACAAUGUGUGAAAUUGUGCAAUCUUUGCAAUAUUAUUAUAUAAAAUGGAAUAGAAUAUGUUGGUGUUAUCAGAAUUCAUAAUGUUUGAUAAAGAAAAACUUUAUUCGAGCAGUUGUUGAUAUUGUAAAACUAAAUGCAAUAUCUUUACAUACAAGUGUCACAUGAAGACAUUUUCAUUAUUUCUCAAAAUCUUUUGCAGUCUUUUAAGAUGGAAACUGUGAUAAGCAUACAUAUACAACCAUGUGUAAUAAUUGUUCUACAUUGAUUUCGGUUUAUCAGUGUGUGUGUGUGUGUGUGUGUAUGCGCGCGCGCGCGUGCACACACACACACCAUACACACGCCACAUAUACAACAUACAUACUGAUUUACUAAACAUAUGAUUUAUUGAAGAAAUAAAAGUGUUGGCAAAACUGUA